CCCAAAUCCUUCACUUUCUCUCUCUAAACACACCUCUACUUACUCCCCACUCUUUCUUCUCUCUCUAGCUUAACUUUUCAAAAUUUAAAUCCAUAAUCGGAAAAGUGAGAAAAUGGCAGCUGCAGCGACAUUGCUUCUCUACAUUGGCAGCAUCCUCUGCUUUAUUACAACUGCUCGCGCCAAAAUCUUCGGUGUCUACGCCGGCGGCCCCUGGCAGAACGCCCACGCCACCUUCUACGGCGGAAGCGACGCCUCCGGCACCAUGGGUGGUGCGUGCGGGUAUGGGAAUCUGUACAGCCAGGGCUACGGCGUGAACACGGCGGCGCUAAGCACGGCGCUGUUCAACAAUGGGCUGAGCUGUGGUGCAUGCUUCGAGAUCAAGUGCGACGCGGCGCAGGACUCCAAGUCGUGCAACCCGGGCAGCCCCUCCAUUCUUAUUACCGCCACCAACUUCUGCCCGCCUAACAACGCGCUGCCCAAUGACAACGGCGGCUGGUGCAACCCACCUCGCACGCAUUUCGAUCUCGCCGUGCCCAUGUUCAUCAAGAUCGCCGAGUUCCGCGCCGGCAUUGUCGCCGUUAACUAUCGCCGGGUGGCGUGCAGAAAGCAAGGCGGGGUCAGAUUCACAGUCAACGGCUCCAAGUACUUCAACCUGGUUCUGAUCACCAACGUCGCGGGUGCAGGUGAUAUCGUGAGGGUGAGCAUAAAAGGUACAAACACACAGUGGUUGACCAUGAGCCGCAAUUGGGGCCAAGCUUGGCAAUCCAGCUCCGUUCUUGUGGGCCAGGCCUUGUCCUUCAGAGUCACCGGCAGCGAUGGCCGUACAUCUACUUCCAUGAACGUGGCACCCCCUAAUUGGCAGUUCGGCCAGACCUUCACCGGCAAAAAUUUCCGCGUCUAGAAUUUUUAUUUAUUUUGGGAAUUAAAUUUACUAAUUUGUUGUUUUUUUAACUGGUCAGCUACACUUACCUUUUAAUUCUCCUUUUUUUUAUUUUAUUAAAAAGAGAGUGUGGUGGCUGAAGCGGCUAACGGAAAAUAGAUGUAGCCCGCAGCUUCAAAUUAUUAUUAAUGUAAUUGAUAUAAUUCAUAUUUUCAUUUCCACGUACAAC